AUUUUUUGGGCGGUAGACAUAAAAAAAGUAAUACAUCACCUCUAGAGAAUUUAUUGAAAUAAUUGUGAAAUACUUACAAUUUACACUUUUAAACACUGUGAAGUAAAGUUUAGUCUAUAAUUUCACUGAAUAAAUACUUGCAGCACUAUAGAUGCAGUAAGUCUUAACAUUUAGCACUGUCUAAUCCUGCUGAUUCCAACAAGUGUCAAAAACAUAACCUCCAAGUCGACCUACAACUCAUUAAAUAUGGCAAGCUACAGUGAAAUAGCAGAGACACAAAAAUCCUUGGAGAAAUCGGUAAACAAGAUGCUUUCUAAGUUUGAGGCUAGAAUGAAGUCACCAGCAUCCAGAGCCACAGUAAGUAGUUUGAGCGAAGAAUUCUCCAGCUUCAAAGAUCACACAUUGGGCAUGUUGAAACUUCUACGAAGCCAAAUUAGUGCUCUCAGUAAAACUCAAGAUAUCUUAGAAAUGAGACAUAGAAGAAAAUAUCUUCUCUUCAAAGGGGUGCCGGAGGAUCCUGGUGAAAAUAUAGUUUCUUCAAUCACCAGUAUUGUAACAGAGCGACUCAAGAUCCCCGAUGUCUCUGCCGAUUCUUUCAAGGCAUGUCACAGGCUGGGUAAGCCAUCCGAGGGCCGGGCUAGACCCAUUCUUGUACGCUUUGCAGACAUGCGCCUUAAGUCCCUGGUUUGGCAGAAGAAGACAGCGUGUAAGGGAAGUACUUUUGCCAUAUCAGAGUUCCUUACACCACAUCGACAGGAAUUGUUCACUCAGGCGCGGAAGGCAUUCGGCAUGAAAAGCUGCUGGUCACUCGACGGGAACAUCUUCGUUAAGCUGUCCUCAGGUGUGCGUGAGCGUGUGGAGGACAUCAGGCGGGGUAUGGAGAACCAAAUGGUCACAGUACUUAUCCUCGUUGACUUCUCAAACGCCUUCAAUACUGUCGACCAUGAAAUUCUCCUUGCCCUACUUGAGCACCUCAACGUGUCGCCUUGUGCCUUAAAUUGGUUCUCGGCGUAUCUUUGUGGACGUCAGCAAGCUCUCCAGAAGAGUCAAGCGACUGAGACCGGCAAGGUGAAGGACGGCAUUUGCGCAUUGCUGCCCGCGUAG